AGAAGAACGACGAGGAACAAACCGUAGAAGAAGAGUGGGAGCGGACAAACCAAAGGUGUUACGUUAUUGUUAACUUCUCAGCUGCAGGAUGGACAUGUCCAGCAGGCUGGCUCUGUGGCAGCAGCUAGCAGAGAGCUGUGGUCUCAGUACGGUCCAGCAGGGUCUGCAGCAGGUCUGGGGGCUGCUGCUGCUCUGCCUCGUCUGCAGGGUCUGCUUCAGAUUCGUCAGUGGUUCCACAGUGAAGCACCUGGUGUCGGCGUUGUUUGGGGUGUACGCCCUCUUCCUGUUCUUCGAGCUGCACAUGCUGUGGGUGCUGCUGCUCGCUGCGCUCUGUUACCUCGUUCUGCUGCUCAGCCGACACUCCAGCAGCAAAGGUGUCUUCCUCUCCGUUGUUAUCCUCGUGUUCCUCCUUAUCGGAGAGUUGCAUUUAAUUGAUGUGGUGACCUGGCAUAAAAUCAGAGGCUCUCAGAUGGUGGUGGCUAUGAAGGCCAUCUCUCUGGCCUUCGACCUGGACAGAGGGACGGUGAACUCGUUGCCCUCCCCCGCUGAGUUUCUGGGCUACGUUCUCUUUGUGGGCUCUGUCGUGUUCGGCCCGUGGAUCAGCUUCUCCAGCUAUAAGAACGCCGCCGACGGCAGAAAACUGAGCUGGUCCUGGAUGCAGAGUUGCUCUUUCAGCUUCCUGAAGAGUCAGAUCUGUCUACUGGUCUCCACCUGCAUCUCCCCCUACCUCUUCACUCUGUUCAUCCCCAUCGAAGGAAACACAUUCACACAGAAGUGGCUGCAGGCUUACGAGAACGCGGUGUCCUUCCACUUCAGUAACUACUUUGUGGGUCACCUGAGCGAAGGCACGAGCAUGCUGGCUGGAGCCGGCUUCACCGAAGAGAAAGACAACAUCAAAUGGGAUAUGAGCGUUGUGAAGCCUCUCAGUGUAGAGAUGCCUCGCUCCAUGGUGCUGGUGGUGACGUCCUGGAACAUCCCCAUGUCCCGCUGGCUGAAGACCUACGUGUUUAAAAACGCCAUGAAACUGGGAACUUUUCCUGCCAUCCUGGUGACGUACACGGCCAGCGCCUUACUACACGGUCUGAGUUUCCACCUCGGAGCUGUUUUGCUCUCGUUGGGCUUCAUCACAUAUGUUGAACACGUUCUGAGACAGAAGCUCGCAUCCAUCUUCAGCGCCUGUGUCCUGUCCCGACCAUGUGCCUCGGACUGCAGCCAUCAGCACAAGAAGGGUUCCUGGGUGAUGCUACUGAACCUGGUCUUCAGCUUCCUGGUCGUCUUCCACCUCACCUACCUGGGCUCCAUGUUUGACCCUGGAGUUGAUGAGCAAGAAGUAGAAGAGGGUUAUGCAGCCGUCCACACCAUCCAGAGGUGGUCUGAGCUGAACUGGGCCAGUCACUGGGUCAUGUUUGCCUGCUGGGUCUUCUACCGUUUGAUCCAGUGACACUGUUGAUGCGUCACAAUACAGCUGGGUUUUGUCUGUAAGAAGCAGUAAGUUGUUAUCUGACAGGAAAGAAGUACGAGGGAUUUGCUAAAAAAGGAAAGAACCAGAGGACGGAGUGUUCUGCUUUGGAAGUCAAGGUGGACGUAAUCAACACUCCCUCUCACACCUGUUUUUGGAUGAACUCACCGACAGUAUCGUGUACGAGCCCGGCAUAUCUUGGGACCAUUUCAGGACAUUUCAUAAGAAAACUGCAGAAAAGAAUCACUCCAACGAUUCGACUGAAUUGAAUAAAAUGAUCGUAGGAAAGAGAGAAUCCUGCAUGUUAGACCUCAUGAAGACCACAAAGGUAAUGACUUACCUUUACCUGUAUGCAGUGUGUUCAAGAGAGGAAGUGUUAAAUGUGUUUUUUCUGAUCUCAGCUGGAGUAAAACAGUGUUCAUUUCCAUCACAUUUCACUUUAACAUAUUAAGAUGUAGGUACGUUAUUAUACAGAUUUUUAAAUGUUCAAUAACUCUAAAUAGUUUAAAGGUGGAGUCAGUAGCUUUUUCUGUUUCUUGUAAACGCAACAUUCAAUCUGGGCCCCUCCUCCUCCUGGACUCAUCUCCCCCAGCACCUCUCACUCCCUGCAGGACGUGGUGUGUACGUUUACUGCUUGCACCUACACUGCAAGCUAACGCACGCUAGCACAAGCUAACCGCCGGUGUUUGUUACCUGCCUGUCCAACAGGAAGCAGACCAACUCCACGUCCACGGGUAAAAGACAACACAAGGUUUGGACCUCUUAUGGGCAGGAGCAUUAUCUGAUUGGCAUUUCUCUUCUUUGCUGCUACGUCCACGUUCGUCAUAUUCAUCAGUUUGAAUGGCGUCCAAUCACUGAAUUGUAUCCACUCCUAAACUCACCGGCUGCGCUGUCAUUUGCUGGAAGAAACACAACAGCUCCGCCCAGAAACGUCAACCAGAACAAAGCAGAACAGUAAAAUCCAGUUUCAGGAAAAAAGCUACUGACUCUGUCUUUAAAUUUUCUUUUGUUACAACCAAGUAUAUUUUGUACUGCUGCUAUUUGUUUUUCUAUUUUUUCUAUUAAAACAGUCAAUAUGGAGACUGAA